UCUCUCUAUACCUGCAGCACACUGUGUACAUAUUUACCUACACAAAACCUUUGUCUCCUCUUGGAACUAUAUCAACAUCACCAAACAUACAACAUGAAAGCCCCUAACAUCCUCCUCCUGUUGUACUGCAUAGAAACUCUGAUGGUGCUUUUCUGUGGAGCUGAUAUUUUUCCAACCAAUGAUAAUCAUGAUGACGAUAGCUUACCUGAAACGGCUACUCCAGGAAAAGAGAUCUUAAUGGCCAGAAAUGCUCUUUCAGAACCAACCCCAGCUGCCAGCACCAUGCCCGAAACUACUGCCAGCGACACAUCCUCAAUUGCUGUCAGCCAUACAUCUGAGGCUAGCUACUUGACAAGUAGCGAGUCAACAGUCACCCCAAAUGGUCAAAUAACCCCCAAAUAUAGUGUUUCAAAUCCACCUGGCCCAAUUCCCACCGCCACCAAACAUAACGAUAGAUUUUACAAGCCGGAGUGUCUCCGAGAGUUAGCAGUGGCUGGAGGACUGAUCAUACUCUGUGCUGUUCUGCUGAUUUCUACUGUGUCGUUGACGUGCAAAGUGUGCCAGUUGAGCAGACACAUCAACAAGCUGAAGAGGAGAGAUUCUGACUCUGGGUGUGUGAUGGGAACUGCCAUGAAAGAGAAAAGCAAGUCAGAGACAGAAGCCAUAGAGACCACUGUGUUAAUGGCUGACGUCAGUCAAACACAGGAGGAGGUGGGUAACAGUGCCACCAAAGAAGAAGAGAAAGUAAUCAAUAAUGGACAAAUGGGAGAAGAGAACGACAAGGAGCCUGGAGACACUGCUCAAGCUUCAGCAGGUGAAAAUGAGAAGGAGACACUUGUGAUCAGUGAUGAAAAUCCUUCCUCCCCCAACCUGCAAGAGGAGACAGCAGAUUCCCAGUCGGCCAAAGCUGUGGCAGCCUCCUCCUCUGAGGGUACAGAGGAACCAAAGGAUGUGGUGUAGAGUGGUGUGUGUGUGUGGUGGGGGGGGACUCAAUGUAAGUCUAUGUGAUGUCCCCAAGAGUGACCAUGAUCUGACAUGUGUGUGUGUGAGGCCAGAGUUUUCUGAGUAACUGUCUUCAGUUCUCUAUAGUUUAUAGUUUUACAUGCCCUCUAAAGAAAGAGCACUUUUUUUUCAGCAGCUUUUGCUUUUCAGUAAGUUGAACAUCUGUGUGUGCUGUGAAAUUCAGUCAG